GCACCUCCCUUCCAAAAGAGCUCCUAAUGUCAGUCACCAUGUGAGGGAUAAACAAAAUUUGAACGGUCAGAAAUGUAUGGAUUUGUCAAGCGGGAUGUCCAUAGUUCUGUAUACAAGGCUGUGUCUAAAUACCUCCUGGAUAAUGACGAAGACUGGAAAAAGUUAUCAUCAAAUGUUGCAAGCUUCCAUCUCAUGUUUGGGGAGAGAAAUAAACUGCAGUUUGGAAGACUUGGUCAUGAACCAGGACUGAUGCAGUUGGUAAAUUACUACAGAGGAUCAGAUGUCAUCUGCAGAAAAACUGCAUUAGUACGAGUUUUCAAGCAGUUCUAUACUACAUCAGCAAAACCCUUGCCAAAAUGGCUACCAGAGUCUUUCAUUAUUUGUCCCAAAGAUAUAGCAAAAAACAUGGAACCUGCUCCACCUGCUGCUCAGCCGCUACCACGGAAAGUUUCCAAACCAGACGAGAGAAAAGAAUUGAUGAAAAGGUCAGAGGUCCUGAACAUGAAGAAUAAAAAGCCAGUUGUAUGGAUCGCCAAAUCUUCUUCUGGCUCGAAAGGUGAAGGAAUAAAAAUAUCUCCAGAUGUGUCAGAGCUGGUCCAUUUCAUUGAUCAUCAAACUCAGGCUUUUGUGAUUCAGAGAUACAUAGACAAUCCAUUACUACUGGAAGGAGGUCGCAAAUUUGAUAUCAGGUGCUGGGUGUUACUAGAUGCUUAUUACAAUGUGUAUCUGUUUGAGGAGGGAGUUUUACGCACUGCCUCGGAAAGUUACCAACAUGAAAAUCUGGAUGAUGUCACCAGUCACCUGACAAAUCAUUGUUUACAGAAAGAACUCUCAGCAAACUUUGGAAUGUAUGAAGAAGGCAAUGAAAUGUUUUUCCCAUCUUUUGACAGGUACUUACAGUCAAAAUUUGGUGUGACCUUAGAUUCUGCUAUUUUGCCACAGGUUAAGGAAAUCAUUAAGACUGUGUUCAAAAUUGUGAAAGAGAGGAUUUCAACAAAUUUCCUAGGGUACCAAAGUUUCCAGUUGUUUGGUUUUGACUUUGUUGUGGAUGAUGAAAUGAUGGUGUAUCUAAUAGAAAUCAAUGGAGCACCAGCCUGUGCAAAAAAGCUUCUCCCAGAUCUUGCCAGAAGUCUAGUUAUUACUGCAAUAGACCCUGUUUUUCCUACUCACAAAGUACGCACCAGGGGUUAUAAUGGAUUCCAUAAAGUGUGAAGGACAGACCUGGACCACCACGCUCCAAUAUGUGUUGUCAUUAACAGUACAGAGCACAACAUUCAUGUACAGUACAUGGAUGUAAAUUUGACAUUCCUGUUUACAUGUACAUGUAAAUACUUUAACACAGGGUUGUUUUACACUAAAGUGCCAUAGAUAUUACAUAUUACAUGUAUAUUUGUUUAAGCACAUUUGGUUGAGUAUGAAGUUCAUUGUAAAUUGUAUGUUUAAAAGGACAUAUGUUUUUAUGAAUAAGUGAACUUUGAUAUUUUUUACUCUUUACAAAGAGAAUCUCAGCAGCUCGUUUUUACAUUCAUGUAUUUCAGAUUAUGUAUAAAGUUGUAUGGUGACCAUGCAUUCUCUUGUGUAUUUAAUAAUAUAAUGAAUCAUUUUAAUAUUUAACUUUUUUUAUUGCGAUAUUUUUGAAUAUUUAUUUAUAAUUGUUUUAAAAUGAAUAAAUAUUCAUUGUAACUGUAA